AUGCAAGAUAAUAGUCAAGAAACAAUUCCAGUACAAAAUUUUGCUGACCUUCAAAUAGAGGACUCACUCGAUAAUAAACCUGAAUCUAGAGGAACCGGUCGGCUACUAUCUAUUAGUAACAACCCUAUUGAUAAUAGCCUUAUUGAUAAUACAGAUUUUGAUAAUCAUAUUCAGCCUGAACAUUAUUGCUAUCGUCACCGUCCUGAUCUCAUGAGAGAAAGAAUGGCAGAAGAACUUACCCUUAACGAUUUGCAAAAGCAAAUCGAAAAAUUAUCACAAUCGGAACGGGAGACGGUCACGCAUAUAUGGUCAUUGUUUUCCGCCGCACCUCCACAGAAUCGUUGUCUGAUUUUACAGGGAAUAUUAAUCCAGUGCUGUCUUCCUCAAUUAUCGUUCCUCUCAGAUAACCUGAAAGAUUUGAUUCGGAUCGAUUUCAUUGCGGCUCUUCCAAGAGAAUUAUCCUUUAAAAUCCUUUCAUACCUGGACGCAAUCUCAUUAUGUUACGCCGCUCAAGUGUCCAGGUCAUGGAAGUACAUAGCCGACGAUAAUGUGGUAUGGCAUAAGUUAUGCGAACAGCACAUAGAUAGGAAAUGUUACAAAUGUGGUUGGGGUUUACCGCUCUUGGAACAGAAAAGAAGGUGUAGAAACAACAAACGACCCGUAUCAAAUAAUACCCUAACAUCAUAUUCCACUGUCGCGACAUGUAGUACGGCCAUUGAUAUUCAACGUCAAUCAAUGAGACAUUUACAAACCUCUUCACCUUCAUCGUCAAGUAUACCGUCUUAUAUGAGAGAGAUAAAGCGUGCUCGUAUAUCGAAUGAUAGAUCAUCAGCUUUAUACCCGGAUAUUUCAAAACCUGAACCUCGACAGACUCGUCCGUGGAAGGAUGUUUAUCGUGAGCGUCUCCUCGUGGAACGUAAUUGGCGUAAAGGUCGAUAUAACGUUAGAGUGUUAAAAGGUCACACUGAUGGCAUAUUAUGCCUACAGUUUGACGAUGUUAACAAUCGUCUCAUUAGUGGAUCUUUGGAUAAUACCGUUUGCGUGUGGAACCUUGAGACCGGGGAAAUCAUUCGUGUCAUGAAGGAACAUACACGGUGUGUAAGAGCAUUACAAUUUGAUGAUACGAAGCUGAUUACGGGUUCCAUGGAUGGGACCGUGAAGAUAUGGAAUUAUUAUACCGGACAAUGCCUUCGAACCUUCCCGCAUACAAGUGGGAUCGUUUCACUUCACUUUGACGAUCGUUUCCUUGCCAGUGGUUCGACGGAUCACAUAAUCAAAGUUUGGAACUUCGCAUCAUGUGAAUGUUUCGUCUUUAAAGGACAUACGGAUUGCGUUAAUCGUGUGGUGAUCUAUAAGCAAUCACAGUUAUUAUCAUGUUCGGACGAUCUAACGAUACGUAUAUGGGAUUUGAAGACAAAGUCCUGUACCAGGGUAUUUGAUCAAAAUACACACGUUGCUUCGAUUCAAUGUAUCCAACCUGCUUUACGGUGUAAUGCCACCCCUUUCAACGAAUUACUUGGAGAAAAGAAACAACGUAAAGAUUCGGACAAAGUUGACGAACCUGUGAUCGUUUCGGGUUCAUUAGAUAGUACAAUUAAGAUGUGGUCACUUGAGACAGGACAAUGUAUGCGUACAUUAUUUGGUCACGUUGAAGGUGUGUGGUCUCUGGCGGUUGAUAAGCUCAGAGUGGUUAGCGGAGCUCAUGAUAAGACUGUAAAGAUUUGGGAUCAGGAUUCCGGAGAAUGUAUGCACACAUUAUUCGGUCAUACGGGUGCGCAACAGCAAACCAUACAACCUUCUCCACAGCAACAACACCGAUCGCAGUCUGUACAACAAGCAAAUACGGAUGCUAUAGGAGCAGGACGAGGGGGGACAUCAAUUAGAGGGGGUACUAAAAAGAAAGGUACAAAUACCGCAAGAAAACCUAGCACUGGAGGUGGGCGUGCGAAACUACCAUCUUUAGAAAAAAGUAAUCCGGAUGUGUUGCCUCAAGCUUUAAAUAAAAUGGCCACAGAUUUCUUUAGUCAAGCUCAGCAAUUGGGAUUAAACACUGAAGCAGGUUCGGCAAUGUAUAAAAAAUAUGAGGACGCUAUGCGCGCAAUACGUCAACAUCAAGUUAACAAUAAUCAAUCUACAAGUUACGGUAUAUCUGCUUCACCAGACCAACCUUCAACUUCUAUGUCAUCUCCACAUUCAAUACCUCAGUAUCAAAGCAUCCACACUCCACAGCAAUUAAUAAAUGAAAUUAAUAUUGUUCAAGAGGCUUUGUCACAGCCCAACAUAGUGCCUAGUGUCAAACAAGAUUACGAGAAUAGACACCACUUUUUAAGAGCUAUUGCAUCGGUAAGAUUUCCGGUACAGCCAGGAGCAAGCGGCCUGGGAGCGGUUCCUCAUAUGCCACCACAAUCUCCAAGAGGAUUAAUGGGUCCUCAAGUAGCCAGAUCUCCGAUGCAAGUAAAUGCACCCUUACCAAGGGCGACAAUGAAUACGUUAGGUCAAAAUCGGGCCGUGGGAUCUCCAGCAGGCAAUGAUUUUAAUAGGAUACCUACUACGACACAACAAAUACCAUCUUCAUCACCCAUCCUUCAACCUACAAAUAUGACCUCUAGCCAAUCACAAGAUGGUUCGAUGAUGUCAACGAACAUGCAACAUCAACUUGGACAGAUGUCAUCAUCGUUACAACAGGUUCCUCAAUCACCUAUUACACAAUCACAAUCUCCACAAGUGAUGGUGUUACCACAAUCUCCACGAACACAACAACUGCAUCUACAGCAGUUGCAUCCUCUUUCACCGAGGCAGCAGCAUUCAUCUCAGCCUCUACAAUCUGUUACAAAUGAGGAUUUGAUGGAGAUUGACUCGGAUACAAGAUCAUCGACUUUAGCGCAAAAGACUGCGGAAACUCCGGCCAUUAAUACGGGCGUUCUUCAAUCGUCGCCUAACAAAAUUCAUCCAGGUCAUAACGGUAAAACUCUUGCAUCCAUUUAUGGCAGCAAUGCCAUCUACCCCGAAACAUCCACAUCAAAUGUGGUGGAUGUUGACAUGGAAGAUGCAGGUGCUCAACAUCUCUUACCGAAACGAAAAGUCCAGCAAUUAGUUGAUCAAAUAGAUCCAAAAGAGAGAUUGGAGCCGGAAGUUGAAGAAAUUCUCCUCGAAAUUGCAGACGAAUUUAUUUCAUCGGUGGCUUCAUUUGCAUGUUUGCUAGCCAAACAUCGCAAAUCAGAAACAUUAGAGGUGAAGGAUCUUCAGCUUCACCUAGAGCGAAACUGGAAUAUUCGUAUUCCAGGUUUUGCGUCCGAUGAAAUCAGAUCAGUCAGAAAGCCAGUCGUUUCCGUCGGGCAUCAACAAAAGAUUGCGGCUGUGAUGCAAGCAAAGGCCAAUAAGGCCAUGACGGCUGCUACAGGUCCAUCCAACUAA